AUGGCAGGGAAGGAGAGACGUGGAGCCGCUGCCGAUGUCGCAGCUGCAGCAGCCAAAGUGCCGCCGCCACCACUCCCAUUGCCGCCAAACCUUACAGUGGCACAGCUGCCCAAGCUGCUCCGCCCAACAGGAAGGCGUUUCCAAGCAGCCAGAGGUCCCGACCCUGCGGUGCAAACGAACGAGGAAGCAGUCCAAGGAGCAUCCGAGACGAACGCGGAGGUGACGCAGCCGGUGACUGAACGUGAUGGAAAUGGUGCUGCAGGGAGCUCGCCUUCCCGAGAACCUGUUGCAGAGUCGCGAAAGGAUGUAGGUCCAGCGUCGGCAUGCGGACCCCAGCAUUCCCCAGAAGCACCUGGGAGUUCACCCUCCACUUUGAACCGGGAGGAAGACGAGCAUUUCGUGCGGGACCCGCUGCAUCCCGAAACCAUUCAAGUCGCCUCUGGCGACGCUGCAGCUCUUGCAGCUCAGGCCGCGCCAGAAAUCCACCUUGCUGAUCAAGCUGGGCUGGGCACGACAGAUGUGGAGCCUCCGAGAGAGGUGACGCCUGACUUCCAGCUCGCCGAAGCGGUUUCGCACAUUCUCAGCGAUGUAGGUGCACUCUCGACGGAGUGUAGCAGGAUGUUCAAAGACAGCUGUACACCAGGAGAGGCAGAGCUUCUGGAUGCCGAGCAGUUGCACAAGCUUACGCAGAUGCUCAUUGACCGGUUUGGGUGUACUUCACCUGCUACUCUGGAUCGAAUUGGUCACGUCUACGUUGCGGCCACCUCCGGCAGACUGGAGCAAGGCUUGGCUGAGCUCGAGUUCCGCGGGUACGUCGCGGCUGUGUUGACCCAAAUACUCCAAGACCUGGAGCGAAGAUCAUCCACGGAGGACACAGCAUCGGAUGGUGCUGGCGGUGAUGCUGAGCCAGACAGUGGCGGCAUGAUGGAAUCACUCCAAGGAGUCCGAUUCGUCCUCGAGUUGAAACUGGUCUCGAGAGAUUCUCCCCCCUUCUGCACGGGAUCCUCCCCUGUGCCGCUAGGGAUCCUUCGGCGCACCCAUGCUCGCGUCGCGCUGCGAACGCUUCUCCAGCGGUUUGUGCUGUGA